AUGGCCACCGACAAGAAGCCGGAGCUCUCGUGCAUCGACGGCAUACGAGUGCUCACAAUGGUCUACAUUGUGGUCACACAUGUCAUUGAAUACACCGAUUGUUAUACGGCUUUUGCCACUAAUGGCGGUCUUUANAAACUGGAGAACUUUGACCGACAGUCCUAUGUUUGUCAACGAGUUAUACGGCUUUUGCCACUAAUGGCGGUCUUUAUUUUGCUGACAACUCUGGUGCCGCUGACCAACAACGGACCCGUUUGGAACCAAUACAUGGCACACAGGAUUGACACCUGUUAUACCAAUUGGUGGCACAACCUCUUGUUUUUGCAUAACUUUAUUGACUCCAAGAAUAUGUGCAUCGGCACCACUUGGUUCUUGUCGGUGGACAUGCAGUUCCACGUGUUGUCAUUCGUGGUGAUUGUGGCCAUUCUCAAGAAACCCAGUUAUGGUCUGAUUAUCAACUUUGUGCUCAUAUUGGCCUCAAUUCUGAUCGUCUCUUCACUCAUAUUUGUGAUGGAUUUUACUCCUGGACGCGUCAGCACUCAAUUC